AUGUCCCCAGGAAGUGUCGUUGUCACCGGUGCCAACCGUGGUAUUGGACUCGGACUCGUCCAACAACUCGUCAAGGAUAAGAAUAUCCGUCAUAUUAUUGCGACGGCGAGAGAUGUCGAGAAGGCUACUGAGCUUAACACUAUCAAGGACCCACGUCUCCACGUCCUCCCGUUGGCUGUCACUUGCGACAAAUCGAUCGAUACUUUUGUGUCGAAAGUUGCUGAAAUUGUGGGAGCCGAUGGGUUGAACCUUCUUGUGAAUAAUGCGGGAAUCGCGGUGAAGUAUGGAAGCAAAUCGGAACCAAACCGUGCCAAGAUCAACGAGCAACUCGACGUCAACACCACCAGCGUCGUCGUUCUCAGUCAGAAAUUCCUGCCACUCCUCAAGAAAGCCGCGUCGAAAGUCUCCGGAGAUCAACUCUCAGUCUCUCGCGCCGCCGUUGUCACCAUCUCCUCAGGACUCGGCUCAAUUACUGAAAACGAUACGGGCUCUGGACUCUUCGAGGGUCUUGCCUACAGAAUGAGUAAGGCGGCAGUCAACAUGUUCGCCAAGACAUUCUCGAUUGACAUGAAGGAUGAUCAUAUUCUCGCAGUCAACUUCUGUCCAGGAUGGGUUCAAACUGAUAUGGGAGGGAAGCAGGCGGCGUUGACUGUGGAGCAGUCCACUUCUGAGUUGGUGGCCGCUUUCAAUAAGUUGGACAACUCACACAAUGGAGGAUAUUAUCACAGGGAUCUCGCUCCAUUCAAGUUCUAA